AUGGAUUCCGUUAAGCUUCUUUCUCUCCUGCUACUCAUAGGAGUUGUGUACCUCCAAUCCAUUACUUUCGGUUAUUGCCCAAAGAAUGAGAGAGACGCACUGGUCAAGUUCAAACAAGGCCUUACUGAUCCUUCAGGCAGACUUUCAUCUUGUGUUGGAGAAGAUUGUUGUAGUUGGAGGGGAGUAACCUGCAAUAACAGAACCGGACGCAUUUUCAGGCUCAAUCUUCACAACCCGUAUGCAAAUCCAGAUGAUAUGUUCGAUACCAGUGGAACAGCGCAUGAAUUGGGUGGUAAGAUUGAUCCUUCUUUGCUUCACCUUAGAGACUUGACUUACCUGGACUUGAGCAUAAACAAUUUCGAAGGUGCCCAAAUUCCAACCUUCAUUUGUGCACUAAACAAAUUGACAUAUCUCAAUCUCCCUGGUGCUUCUUUUGGUGGAACUAUACCACCAACUCUAGGAAACCUCUCAAGCUUGCAGUUCCUUGAUCUUAGUGAUAAUGUUGGCGUCGAAUCCUCAAUAUGCUACCUUCUCUAUUAG